AUGUCUGUAGCACUAAAGAUUGAGGGGCCUUCGCAUGGUCCUUCACAUAGUCCAACGAUUUCAAGGGUUCCAUCAGAUGAUCAAGAAGUGGAAGUGAACACAGAACUGGAGAUUGAGAGCUCUCCAAUUACAAGUGCUUUGCAGAACUUCAUCCCAAGGGUUCCACAAAAGUUUCGUGAAAUAGGAGAGAACAAAGGUUGCUAUGAUCCGAUGGUGGUCUCUAUUGGUCCCUAUCACCAUGGGGAUAAGAAACUCGAGAAAAUGGAGGAGUUCAAGGCUGUGUGUAUUCGUCGGUUUGCCAGCGAAAUGGAGAAUGAAAUGUACAGGAAGGUCAGAGGAUUGCUCAACCAUGCAAGGAGAUGCUAUGCAGAAGACUUAAAUCAGAUCCCUGAUGAAGUAUUCAUCCGGAUGAUGGUCCAUGAUGGUUUUUUCAUUAUCCAUUUUAUCUCCUGCGAGCCUGAAGAACUGGAUAUGACGACUGAAGAAGCUGCUUCGGUUACAAGGGACUUGUUCCUACUAGAGAACCAACUUCCCAUUCGAAUUCUCGUCUCAUUGAUGAGGUUAAACUUCCCAUAUGAGGAUCGAUUGAAGGAAUUGUUUGAAGAUCUGUUCACACACAUUCGUGCGAUACCUCAUCAAGAAAAGUACUCAUACAAGGAAAUGAUGUCGACUAUUUAUGGCAGACGAAGAUUAUCAAAACGAUUAAUUCCAGAAUUUCAAAUGCUUUCUGGUAAUCAACCAAACUUCGAUGGUCAUCUUCUUCAACUUUUUCAUCUCAUUUUCGUCAAGGAAAAGGAAAUACCAUUUUCCGGUUCGAGGACAAGAUGGUACCAGCGGGAGAAAAGCUGGAAGUGGUUUUAUCCUGUGAAGGAGCUUAAGAAGGUGGGGAUCAGCUCUGAAGCCAAGCAACACCACCCUGAAGAUGUUAAGAGGCUGCGAUCAAAGGGCAUACUCCUCACUACAAUUGAAAGCCAUGACGAUCAGGUAGCAAAACUCUUCAAUGAGAUUGCAACCAAUCUAGUGGACGACCCCGUUGUUUUGUCCAGUGUUAAGAAUGCCAUUAAAUCGCAUGUUGGAAGCCCCUUCUGGCAACGGAUCCGUCGCUACAAGGGUCCUGUUUCUGCAGCGGUGCAACGCGACAUAACCCAGGUUUGGGCUUCUGCAGCUGCCCAAAUGCCACCCGAUCUUAACAUUGAAACAUGA